AAGAGAGGUAACUCUUCUAGUUUCAGGACAAGUAAAAGGCGCCUACUUACGAUUAGUAAAUAUUAAGAAAAUGUAAUCACACUAGGCCAACUAUAUUAGUUUAUAUUUCUGAAGAUCGCAAAUAUUUGUUUUGGUUUCAACCAGACGCUUGAUUACUACUCAUUCAAGAAAGGGUAGCCCAUGCCACUCAAUAAGUUGAUCGAGACUAAGAUGUUUUACUUUCACUUUCAAUUUAACGUAUUUCACCUCCAAACACAGAAGAACUCCACACGACUGCGGCGUUACCGACACACAUUGCUUUUUGGGAGAAGUACGGAGCCUACCAAAAUUUCUUAAAGUAUACAGGAACUGUCCUGUUUGAACAGGAUUUCAACAAUGUUGAGACGAUGGAAGUGUAUGCAGACAGUUGACAGGGUAUUUGUACGUCAGUAUGCAUGUCUGUGUGUGAUGACCUUCUGUGUCAUCCUUCCCAUCAUCUGCCUCCAUUUACAACACUCUUGGUACUACCUCUUAUGGGAGAAGAAUACCAAUCGCGAUAUGAACCAAAUGAGAAUGAACAACAAUAAAAGGAUUGAAGAAGCGGAAAACUUUCUGAAAAAAUUCAGAGAUACUAGAUCUGUGCAUGAAUCUGGUGACGGCCGUCUACAUGUGGACAAUGUUGAUGUAGGUAUAACCAUUAUAACAGUUUCCAGAAAUCGUCGUCUUGAUAAUUAUGAGCCGAAAUAUUUUACACAGGUUGUCACCAAGUUGAUGAAGGCCAUGGAGGAAACAUCUAAAUUAAAACACACAUAUAAACUGUUCUUGUGUGAUGUUGAUUCCGACCCUGCUAGUUAUUCGGAGAUCAGGCCCUUAACCAAGUUUCUGCCAGUAUUUCAAAGAUUCAGAAGUGAUUUAAACAAUACUGUGGUGUGGCCAAGGAUGAGUAUCAGUGAACGGUUGGAGAAAGAAAAAAGAGAUUAUGUAUUUUGUGGGCGGAAGACAUUGAAUGCAAAUGUGUCCAACGUAUUUCUCAUAGAAGAUGAUGCUCUUCCUCACCAGGACCUCUUUCCUGUAUUGGAUUGGGUAAUUUCCACUAAUUUUGACAAGUCAAAUGCAGACCAUAUACCUUAUAGAAAAAAUAUAACUUACAUUAAGUUUUAUCACCCAGAGCGGCUUCUCGGAUACAUUAGCUUUGAAUUUGAGAGAAUUCCAGAACUUCUUUGUUUGGGUUUCAUUUUGAGUACACUAAUGAUGCUUUGCUAUCAGAAAUACCGCCCAGUUACAACCUCCUACACUCGGAUUCUGUGGUUUUGUUUUUUUGUAUACUCUUGUUUACUAUUACUACUUAUUGGCCGUCAGAGCUUGUUAGAACUACGCCGUGUGUCGAGGCAGUUGUACCAAGUGACCCCUGCACCAGCUUGUUGCACCCCUGCCAUUUUGUACCCUAGAGAAGGCAUGGAAGAAGUUUUAAAUUAUCUGUCCUCGGUUCAAUGUAAGGAGAACUUCGGGAAAGACUAUGCUCUGGAAGAAUUUAGAAUUAAAUUAAAAAAGACAGGUCUUCAGGUACAACCAAACCUUUUUACUCAUAUAGGAAUGUACUCAUCGUUACGUAACAAAGUGUUGGAUCCAUCAAUUGUAUGAAUGUACUCAUCCUUACGUAACAAAGUGUUAGAUCCAUCAAUUGUAUGAAUGUACUCAUCCUUACGUAACAAAGUGUUGGAUCCAUCAAUUGUAUGAAUAUACUCAUCCUUACGUAACAAAGUGUUAGAUCCAUCAAUUGUAUGAAUAUACUCAUCGUUACGUAACAAAGUGUUGGAUCCAUCAAUUGUAUGAAUGUACUCAUCGUUACGUAACAAAGUGUUGGAUCCAUCAAUUGUAUGAAAGUACUCGUUCUUAUGUAACAAAGUGUUAGAUCCAUUUAUUGUAUGAAUGUCCUCAUCGUUACGUAACAAAGUAUUACAUCCAUUUAUUGUAUGAAUGUACUCAUCCUUAUAUUUCAAUGGUAGCAUCCCUAGGUUGCUGGGAUUCAAAUUUAUACAAAUGAUGGAGCUGACCUUCCAGGCGCCUGAGGCGGGGAUUAAAUAGCAAUGGGGAUUAUAUAUGUAGGAAUUUGUGUCGCGUCCCUGUGGAUCACACACCCUAUACAACAUUAGCUAGUGAAAUGUGUGAAUCAAUCAAUGAAUCAAUCAAUCAAUC